UGGGUAAAUUUACAAUUUAUUCACACACCACUCAUUAAUCGUUAUCCUUGGCAAGAUAUGAUGAUGCCCGGAGAACGAUGAUAUCACACUUUUUCUUUUGUAACUGAAAAACGUGUAGAACAAGUAACCGGUGCCGGAGUUGAAUGUCGAACGCCGUCCUGAACGGCCUCGCCGGAGCCGGCGGAGGCAUCAUCGCUCAAAUCAUCACAUAUCCUCUUCAAUCGGUCAACACGCGCCAACAGACGGAGAGAAUUGCGAAGAAAUCUCAGAGAUCAUCUGGUGGUACACUUGUUCAAUUACUUGAGGUUAUACGAAGCGAAGGGAUUGGAGGAUUAUACAGCGGACUUAAGCCGUCUCUGCUUGGAACUGCUGCAUCACAGGGGAUUUAUUAUUAUUUUUACCAGGUUUUUAAAAACAAAGCUGAAGCUAUUGCAGCUUCUAAUAAACGAAAGGGUCGUGGAGAUGGAACAGUUGGUAUGUUCGGCUGGCUCGUUGUGGCUGCUUUAGCAGGGUCACUGAAUGUACUGUUUACAAAUCCAAUAUGGGUGCUUGUGACACGUAUGCAGACACACACUCAAGCAGAACGUAAGAUUCUAGAAGCAAAGAAGGAGGCUCUGGUAAGAGAAUGUUCCGAAAGCAGUCUGAUUGGUUCUGCUUUGCAUGAUAAGUUGCGUGAACUCGAUUCAGUGAAGCCUAACCCAUACGGAACAUUACACGCGGCGUCCGAAGUUUAUAACGAAGCGGGAAUACGGGGAUUUUGGAAAGGCCUUGUUCCUACUUUAAUCAUGGUGUGCAAUCCGUCAAUUCAGUUCAUGAUAUAUGAGACGGCUUUAAAGUACUUGAAAGCUAAACGUGCUGAUAAGAAGCAAAGUUCAAAUAAAGUUUCUGCUCUGGAGGUAUUUGUAGUAGGUGCCAUUGCUAAACUUGGAGCAACUGUGACGACAUAUCCUUUGUUAGUUGUAAAGUCAAGACUUCAAGCAAAGCAAGAAAUCAGCACAAACAAUUCAUUGAGAUAUUCAGGUACCCUGGAUGCAAUUGUAAAAAUGAUCCAUUAUGAAGGAAUAUCUAGCUUCUACAAAGGAAUGAGCACCAAGAUAGUACAGAGUGUAUUUGCAGCUUCUGUGCUUUUCAUGAUCAAGGAGGAGCUGGUUAAUUUUUUUGGCAUGUUAGCGAAGAAGAGCCAAAAAAUAUUAUUAAAAAUGUCAAAUUAGCAAACCAUACAUAUGUUGUCAUCUUAUCAUUCUAUAAAAAAGGUCCAUGUUUUGAUAUAAGUGUCCA